AUUUGCCAAGGUCGACCGCUGGGUUUAGACCACAUGGCUGGUGACCGAGUCCUAGGAAAACCCCCCAGACCUCGUCUAUCUCACUCACCGUCAUCAGCUUCAAACUGCAGUGGUCGCCGUCACCAGUCUAACUAUUUAACUUCUAAAUUGAAUCAAAUUACACAAAAUCAAUGCGGUAUUAAAAUAUCUAAAAAUGACUCUGUAAAUAUCAAAUGUUCUAAACAUCGAGAUAGUGAAGAUUCUUUUUCUGUAACUAGUCAAGAUGACAAUGAUGACGACAACUAUGAUGUUCAAAAGCUGUACGACAUAGGUAACCAAAGACAUACUUACAAUGAUGAUGACGGUGAAGAGUUGGAAGAAGAAAAGGAAGAUAGUAAAGGAUACCUUGCUAAAAAUCAAAUAUCGCAGUGGAUUGACCAAAUAUUAGAACCCAAUAAAAAUUUUAAUAGUUUAUCUGUUAAUUCUGCUAAAUUCAACCAUAAUCAGAAACCAGAAGCAGUUUAUUCUCAUAUAUCAAAUCCAGAAGAUGAUAUUUUAGCACAAUGGCGUUUACGUCGUCGUAUGGAACAAGCAAGAAUGGAAAUUUCCAAAGAAUCUUACCCUCGAUCUAAUGACUUUACACAAUUAACGACAUCAUUUUCAAGUAUAACUAUACCUCAAUAUCCACAAUUCCCUAAUCAGAAUAAAACGUCUUAUAAUCUACCACCAUUAUUUCAAUCAACAUUUGAAUCAAACAAAACUUUUCCAACUAAAAUUCACAUUAAAGAUACAAGUGUUCAAUGUGAUAUUUUGAAAAACUCGUCAACUAAUGAUUCACAAAUUCAAACAAAUCAAAGUGUUCUUAAUGCUUCAUUCAACUGUUUAAAAUCAAUCAAUUUAUUUAAUGAAUCGAAUAUACAUGAUGUUGGGACAACGACAGAUGGGAUUAUUUCUGAAAUAGGUUUAAAAGCAAAACACAAAUCUAUUCGUGUUAUGGUUCGACCACAAUCAAGAAAUGUUAAACUUCAAACACCAGUGAAUAUGAUACCAUCUAAUAUAAAAAAUAGUUCAAACAAUCGUCCCAUGAAUAAAAACUUGUGCAUAUCUGUGGAUAAAAUAUUUCAUCAACAGCACCAACAGACAACAACUAUGACUAUGACCAAUGAUACUACCAUUGCUGAUAACAAUACACUAGUGGAUUAUAAUCCUCGCAUCCCUCAAUUUUUACCAGUUGAUAUCUCUGAAAGCGCUCAAUCAAUUGAAUCUGACAGUUGGAUAUGGCCUGCAACUCCUCCAUCAAUAAAAAGUGAUAAGAAUUCAAAUCACUUAAUAACUAGUACUUGUGAUAGUCAUAUUGGACACGCAAUGGAUUAUCAACAACACCAUACAUCCCACUCGUCUGAAAAAAUAUCAAAUCAAACCUUUACUCACCUACCUGGUCCUACGUCUACUGAAUUUACAUCCAGUAAAUCUACUUUCGAUAAGGAGGUUCAAAUAGGUUUGACAAUUGCGCGUUAUAUGGAGGAAAACUUGAAUAAUGUGGAAGAACCUGAUGAAGGGUUCCCUGAGGAUGAAAUUUUGCACGAUCUACGAAGACGUCGAACCAAUUGUAUUUUGAAGAUGAGAUUGGUUAUGGAGCAAAUUCAUGAACGAGAAGCCCAACUGUUGAACAAUUAAAACAAAUUAUAUUGAAUAAUUCCUUCUAUCUGUACUCAUUUUUGAUACAUAUAUACGCCUUACGUUGUAUAAAAUACUAUUUUAAAUACAUGUUUUGUCCUUAAAUCAUUAUGACAUAGGAUGUUUAUUCUUGAGGAAAUCAAGAAUAUGGUAUGUUGGUAGUUCAAUUCACCUUAAAGCGUGAUCCAGAGCCCGUUGGUAACUUGCAUGAAACAAUGCCCUUUGUACUUAUUCCCAAUUUCGGAUUCGUACUUUGACAACGUACAGUCCAUGUUAGAGAUAUGUAAGACAAGGGAGAUUCGUUAUUGUAGAGGUUUUAUGAACCCCUUUUACGGCAGUGAGAGGGCGUAACUCUCAAUAUGUAGACCAAAUUAGAGACAGCUAUACUUUUAAACUGGAUUUUCGCUACUGGGUCUGUUCCUCAGAAUAUCUGCGCUGCUUGGUAAUAAAUAUUACUUACAACGUACAAGUUUACAUAAUCGGUUUGCGAGACUCUGAUACUACUCGGUUGCUCGAACUGAAGUAGGCAAAACGGGACUAAAAGUUGAGCGGUUGAUCUAUUAAACUACCGUUUCCGUUGUUAUGGUAGCUGUUUUAAAUC